GCAAAGUACAGCUCCGAGCGACGCUAACUUAGCUGAGAGAAGUGAAAUGAUUACUGGAAGAUAAGUGAGUCGCUUUUCAAGAACAAAUUGUUGCUUUUGUGCAACAUUAAAUUGCUGAUAAGUCCCUGUCAGACUCGUUUAUUUUGGAAGUGAUCCUUGUAAAGAAUGGCGUCAGCAAAGGAUCCCUUUCAAUUUCAAGAAUUUGAUGAAGCUGGUAGUCUGUUGGAAGCCAAUAGAGAUGCCACCACCAUAAGCAUUGAGGACGAUAAUAUCAACCCUGAGAAGCAGAGGAAAGCUGCUGGUUUCAUUCCCAAUGGUGAUAACGAGGACCCACUCGCCGAUGAUGAUGAUGACAAGACAGAGCUUCUCUCUGGGCAAAAGAAGAGUGCGCCUUUCUGGACGUUUGAGUACUACCAAAAGUUUUUUGACAUCGAGACACAUCAUGUGAAGGAAAGAAUCAUUGGAUCAGUGCUGCCGUGGCCUGGGAAGAACUUUAUUAAUGUCUACCUGCGUAGAAAUCCUGAUCUCUAUGGACCAUUCUGGAUUUGCACAACGCUUGUAUUUGCCAUUGCCAUCAGUGGAAACAUAUCCAACUUUCUGGUGCACUUGGGCAAACCAAACUAUAAGUAUACCCCAGAGUUUCGAAAGGUGACCAUAGCUGCAACAGCCAUUUUCAGCUAUGCUUGGCUGGUGCCUCUUGCCCUUUGGGGGUUUCUGCUCUGGAGAAACAACAAGAUUAUGAACUUGGUGUCGUAUUCCUUUAUGGAGAUUGUCUGUGUCUACGGAUAUUCCCUCUCGAUUUACAUACCUGCAGUGGUUCUUUGGAUUUUCCCGUACGAGUGGGUGAGGUGGUGCUCCAUCAUGGUGGCGCUCUGCCUCUCUGGUUCGGUCCUGGUUCUGACUUUCUGGCCUGCGGUCAGAGAUGACCACCCCAAAGUUAUCAUAGCUAUCAUGUCAGCCAUAGCGCUGCUCAACAUCCUGCUUGCUGUUGGAUGCAAGGCCUAUUUCUUCAGCAAACCAGAACCAGCACUACUGGUGAUCGAAGGAACGAUAAAGCCAUGAAAGCCUUUCAUUGUCUAAAGGUUCUCCUGUUGCCUUAUUAGAGAGAAUCGGGUUGCUGUGGUGAUGAAGUCAUGGGUCGUCUGGAUUUCACCUGCACUUGGACAUUCUGGCUUAAGACCUUAAACCCCAAUGCACGCUCGGUUCAACUACGUGACCUUUUGAAAAUGAACACUAGUACCUGAGUAUGUUAUUUCUAUGGGGACGGUUCGAACCUUCUUUUUUUUUUAAGAUAAAUGGGGUAUGGUGUUACUCAGCACAUGAGAGCUCCUGUAGUGUGGUAGUUUUUUGCUUUAUAGCGAUUAUGUUAAAAAAUAUUAAGAUAACCAGUCUGUGCAGUAAUGUUGGUGGCAUCAAACUCAUUUUGUAUAAGUAAUUUUUUUAUAUAUAUAUAUGUAUAUGCAAGUUUUAAUGGGAUUUGGCUAGUAGACUUUGUAUACAGGAUUUCUGUAUGAACAGUAAAACAUCUACAGGUUUGGGUGAGUUUUUGUAUUUUCUUUAAAGUGAUUUAACCAUAAAUGGUGUUAACUAAUGCCAAAGACCCAUCCUAAAUGUCCAAGAGAUUUACAACUUGUAUAACUAUUUUUUUAUGAUUUUUUUUUUUUUUAGUGACAAACUGCAUUUGAUAAUAAUAAUAAUAAUCGAAUCGAAUAUGUAAUUUCUCAGUGUUUCCUUGGGGACAGAAAUAAAAUAAAGUUACUGUAAAUGA